CCGGUCUGGAAGCUACCUCCACGUGGCAGAACUGUGCUGGGAGUGAGUGCUGCCCUGCCUGCAGGAUGAGCCUGACCGCAAACCAACCCAAGCAGUCCGGCCAGGAGUCCCGGAUCCAGCACCCGGGACUGGAUACUGUUGUGGAGCUGAAUGUAGGGGGCCAAUUCUAUACCACCACCAUGAGCACCCUGCUGUUGAAACAUCCAGGCACAAAGUUUUCAGAGAUAUUAUCCAGGUCAUCGAAGCCCUGCAAAGACGCAGGGGGCCGCUUCUUCAUCGAUCGUCCUGGCACCUACUUUGGGCCCAUCCUGGAUUAUCUACGCACUGGGCAGGUGCCCACGCAGCACAUUCCUGAAGUAUACCGUGAGGCUCAGUUCUACCAAAUCCAUCUUUUGGUCAAGAUUUUGGAGGACAUGCCUCAGAUCUUUGGUGAACAAGUGGCUCGCAAGCAGUUCUUGCUAGAAGUGCCAAACUACAGCGAGAACCUGGAAGUCCUGCUGCACCUGGCACGGGCAGAGGCUGUGGCAAUGCGCAGAUCAACGGUGGUGGUGUGUGUGGUGUGCACAGAGGAGGAAGCUGCACAGUGUGUGGAGCCCCUGAAUAACCUAGAGGCCAAAAAGACACCUGUUGUCAAAUUUGGACCCUGGAGGGUGGGCCCUGGAAUUGAGGACCUCAUGUACUGCUUGGAGAAGGACAUUAAGGCCCAGGGGUACCAGGUAGCCUGUGAGAAGUACUCCCUGAAUAAGGAAUCCUGGGCCAACCUUAACAGAUGCUUCUACAAAUUCAUCUUCACCUGGUGGUGAUCUCCAAGUGGGGACUGUGCUUUAGGAGUUGCAGUGAGACUUGUGAAAUUUAAAGGUGCCAUCACAUGGCAGUGUUCUAAAGCUGGGCCUGCAAUCCCAGUACUUAGGAGGCUGAGGCAAAAGAGCUGCCAUGAGUUUGAGUCCAGCCAGCUUUGACUAUAGACUGAGACCCUGUCUCAAAAAAAGUGGGCUAGUGGGCAAAACACCUGCUAUACAAGCUGGGUGGCCUGAGUUUGACUCCUAGAACCCACACACAGUAGAAGGACAGAACCAACAACUCUUUUUUGAUUUGUUUUGUUUUGUUUUGAGACAGGGUCUCUCU